AUGGAUACCGAAGAACCUAUCAUCGGCGUUGAACCCGUGUCCGAACCAGUGACCGCUGAACCCACAGUCUCGGAGAAAGUGGAGGAACCCAAGGCCGAAGCUGUUAAGACCAAGAAAACCAAGGAAUCGAAACCUAAGAGAGCUUCCAAACCAAAAAACCCUGCUUCACAUCCCACUUACGAAGAGAUGAUUAAGGAUGCAAUAGUGUCGCUCAAGGAGAAGAACGGUUUGAGCCAAUACGCGAUUGCCAAAUUCAUUGAAGAGAAACACAAACAGCUUCCUGCUAACUUCAAGAAGCUAUUGCUUCAAAAUUUGAAGAAAAAAGUUGCUUCUGGAAAGCUCCUUAAGGUUAAAGGUUCAUUCAAGCUUUCAGCAGCGGCGAAAAAGCCCGCAGUUGCUAAGCCAAAGACAAAGCCAGCUGCCAAAGCAAAGGCUGUUGUGAAGUCUAAGACAGGCGCUAAGCCAGAAGCUAAAGCUGUUGUCAAGCCAAAGGUUGUUUCAAAGUCCAAGCCUAAAUCUGUCGCCAAGCCCAAAGCUGUCACCAAGCCCAAAGCUGCCGCUAAGCCUAAAGCUAUUGUUAAGCCGAAAGCAGCUGUGAAACCAAAGCCUGCAAAGGUUGCAAAGACAUCAACGAAGACGACACCAGAAAAGAAAGUUGUUGUUGUGAAGCCUGCACCUAAGAAAGCAGCGGCUGCAAAGAAAGCUCCUGUCAAGAGCGUGAAGUCUCCCAUCAAGAAGGCUACCGGGGUGAAGAGAAGGGGGAAGGAAAUGAGAGUCUUGUCUUCUAAACCUUAG